CAACUAGAGAUUCCAAGUUUCAAUGGAGAAUUCAAUUGAAAAGAGGUUGGAAGAAGGGUUUGGCACCAGUACACAACUUGUAGUUGAAGAUGAUAAUGAUAAUAACAAAGGAACUAGUCGUCAAGAUAAGAAAGACAGGAUAGCCAUUCACACGAGCAAUGAGAUUGAGGAAAAGUGCGUGACAAUAUCCGACCAGCCUGGGGAGCAGAAGGAGGAGCAACCGCUGAUUAAGCAAAAGACUAAGAGAGUUGCAACCUUGGAUGCAUUUAGAGGCCUCACCAUAGUGUUGAUGAUACUCGUGGAUGAUGCUGGAGGAGCAUAUUCACGGAUUGAUCAUUCGCCGUGGAAUGGAUGCACGUUGGCUGAUUUUGUAAUGCCAUUUUUCCUCUUCAUUGUUGGGGUUGCAAUAGCCCUCGCCCUUAAGGCACGGCUUCUCUUUUUCUUGAUUUUCCCGUGUUCCUGUCAUUUUCCAUUUCCGCGAAAAGGAUAUUGAAGA